CCGGCACCUUCCUCCGUUCCCAUCCCUCAGCUGCCUCCUUCGAGCUCAUCGUCCAUCGCUCCAUCGCUCCAUCGCCCCAUCGCCCUCCGCCACUUGUCUUUGUCUCUCCUCGUCUCAUCUGGCGCCGGCGCCAUCCAUUCAUCAUGCGCUCGACAAAUCUCUCCUCGUCCCAGUAUCCCACAACAUCCCCGCAGCCCUCGCCUCGACCGCACUCGAUCUUGGGCUCGUUCAGUGGCAUUGGCCCGCAGUCGCCGACUCCGACCACGCCCACGCACAGCGCCUUCAACUUUGGUGCCAACCCGCUCGAGCGCUCCCGCUCCCUCGGGCCAGGAACACCCACCCACUCCAGAACUCAGAGCACAGUCACAAUCGUUGACAAGCUCGGCCGUGGCGGACACGCCAGAGGCGAGAGCUUCUCCGUCGCCGUGCCUACACCUGGCGGGGGCGAGCUCGCGUGGACUGAGGUCCAGAGCAGGACAUUUUGCAAGUGGCUCAACACCAAGCUUGAGGCGCGCGGACUUGAGCCCAUGACGUCGCUCGACAAGGACUUCAGUGACGGCGUCAAGCUUAUCCAACUGCUCGAAAUAAUGUCAGAGACCAGCCUUGGCCGAUACACUCGCAAGCCCGUUAUGCGGGUGCAGAAGGCGGAGAACGCGUCGAAGGCACUUCAGUUCAUCCGCGACCGCGGCGUCAAGCUCACGAACAUUGGCCCCGAGGAUAUCGUCGAUGGCAAUCUCAAGCUCAUCCUGGGCAUGAUCUGGACACUCAUCUUGCGAUUCACCAUCUCUGGGAUCACUGAAGAAGGUCUCUCAGCCAAGGACGGCCUGUUGCUAUGGUGCCAGCGGAAGACAACGCCUUAUGCCGAGGUGAACGUUCAGAACUUCCGUCAGAGCUGGACAGACGGUCUCGCCUUCUGCGCCCUCAUCCACCGGCAUAGACCUGAGCUGCUUAACUGGGACCACCUCGACAAACACGACCGCCGUGGCAACACUGAACUCGCCUUCAAGAUUGCAGAGGAGAGCUUAGGCAUUCCGCGGCUGCUUGAGGUAUCCGACAUAUGCGACGUUGACGUUCCCGACGAGCGCUCUGUUAUGACCUAUGUUGCCGAGUUCUUCCACAAAUUCUCCUCUGAGGACAAAGCAUCCACCGGGGCGCGCCGCGUUGAGAAAUUCGCCGAGGUCAUGAACAGCAUCAGCACCGCUCGUAACGACUUCGAACGCCGCAUGACCGCCCUACUGCGCGCCCUGGACAAGACGCGCAGAGCAUGGUCGGCCGCGGAGGCUCCUGCCUCAUAUCCAGACGCCAUGGCCCAGAAGACUGAAUUCAUGGAGUAUAAGAAGACCAGCAAGCGGUCAUGGGUUCGUGAACGUCAGGAGUUGGCGCAGCUGUACAGCAACAUCCAAACCAAGCUACGGACGUACUCUCUGCGGUCAUGGGAGCCCCGUGAGGGCUUGAGGCUAGAGGACCUGGAAGCGAGCUGGGCCGACCUCAUGGCUGCUGAAGUGGCACACAGUCGAACCAUCAACGCCAGGAUCCGAGACAUUAAAGAGGCUCUCCGCAAAGAAUUUGCGAAGGUCGCUGAAAGCUUCAUUGAGCGAGUACGCAAGGUGGAGCAGUCCAUCGGCUCACUAAGCGGCGCGCUACAGGACCAGAAGAAACAGCUAUUGCUCCUAUCCGAACAUCUGCCAGCUCUACGUACAUUCUUGGUCAACGACAUCGACGAGGUGAACCAGCGAUGCGUCGAAGCCAAGGUCGACGAGAACGACUACACAGCAUCGACAUACGAGGAUCUUGAGUUCGAGUUGGAGAUUGCCGAGGAGGGCCUGCGCAAGAAGAUUGCGUUCGUGGAGAAUCAGAUGAUCUCGGCAUCACACACCAACAUCACUCCGGCCAAGCUGGAAGAGUUCGAGGCGACAUUCAAGCAUUUCGACAAGGACGGCACCAACACUCUGACGGUGUACGAAAUGCACUCGGCCCUCGCCAGUCUGGGCAUUGUGUACCCAGAUGAGGAGGUCGAGGCCAUCUACGCGCAGCUGGAGAGGCAAUUCGGCGCGAUGACAUAUGAGGCAUGGCUUACGCUUUUGGUCGAGAUCACAAAAGACGAUGCCUCGUCUGCGGACCAGCUGCGUGAGGCGUUCCGCGAUGUUGCCGGAGACAAGGGCUACGUGACCGAGUCAGACCUAAAGUUUGCCAACCUCUCGGCAGAGUCCGUCCGUUACCUCGCAGAAGCAAUGCCUGGCGUGCCAUCUGAGGCAGUUGGCGGAGGUGUACCAGGCUUUGACUACUACGGGUUCCUGGACCAGUCAUUUGCGAGGACUUCGGGUUAGAUGGUCUGCAUUGUGUAGGCAUAGAUGGUAUGCGGACAUUUGGACCUCAAUUUGCAUACACGUGAGCAGUGGACAGUGCGUAUGAC